AGCGAUCAUCCCUUACAGUCAGACGCGACUGUCCUCGCCACCUAGUCGUCUUGAACCUUCCCUCUCAGUAAACUCAAGAUGGAUGCGGAGCUAUUCCGAAUCUGGCAGCUCGUCAACGACCUUAGCGAGCAAAUUGCACAAAACCAGCGGACGACCGCCGCGUUACAAGCCCAGUCUGCAUCGCUCAAGGUUUUGUUGUGCCGUUUUCGACGCGCACGCCGCAGUGUUCUCACUCCGGAUCUUUCUUCUGCAGAACCAGGCGUCUACUUCCGGCCGAGCUUCUCGUUAAGGCGCUUCAACAUCGACAUCUCACAGGAGACUUUUGAAUCUGAGCUGGAGCGGAGCAAUGCGCAGAUUGUCAUCGAAAAUCACUCGCUGCUGCACGAGAACAAACAGCUUAGCUCUUUGCUCAAAGAGUACGAGGGGACAUUAGAGACGGUGAUGAACAAGUUCCGAAAUCACUCGGCGGCCAGCCAGCAGCAUGAACACAAUCUGAUACGCCACUACGAGACAUUACUCACAGCACGCGAGUCACCGAUAUUGUCCGCUGACCUCGUAUCGGGCCCUGACGUGUCGCGCGCGGUGGCGCGUGCUACCCAUCUUCUACAAGCCAUGCUCCACACGAUGCUCGGGGAAGAGAUUCCUCCCGACGCAGAUCCUCUCCUUCUCGAGUAUUAUCCACGCGACGAUGAAGAGCUGGACCCAGCUAGCCAAGCGGCACAACUAGAGUCCCUUCUCCCUCUCAUCGAGGCUGCCUUCCCGUCCAAUGAAGACGCUCCGGACUGGGCGCAAGAGCGAGAGACCGAGAUCGCACGGCUAGAAGCAGAGAACGCCGCCAUGCGCCGCAGCCUAGGCAUUGACCCAGAGACGCUGGCGGAAUGCGGGGUGGCAGCAGAGCUCGAAGCCGAUCUCAUCCGCGAGCGACAGCGAGGGAUCUACGCGACGCUGACCCGGAGGAGGAACGAGAGUCAAGGCGGCGGGAGCGCCAUGAACGGGAACAACGCUGGGUACCAGUACUGGGAUGGCAAUAACAAUAAUGCCCAGCCGCAGCAGAUGGCGCCGCCGACGCAAGGCCAGCCGUUCACACCGAUGUCGGGGGCUCCGUUGCAGCGCGUCGGGGACAUGCAAGCGCAGCCAGGGAUGCGUGCGAGUGCAGGACCUGGGACGCGGCGUCCAGGAAUGUUUGGUGCAGGAAGGGGUGUCGUUCCCCCAGUCGCAUCCCAGGCCGGCGGCGGCGGGAAUGGACUGUGGGGCUCUCAACCACCUCUAUGGCAAGCGGCAGGCAGUAUCACUGGCAUCGAUUUCAGCGGGAGAUAAGCAGUGUUGGUUUUUUCGGCCGAUCACACGGACGGAUUGGGCCCUGGGACGAGCUAUGCUGUUGAGGCUCUGGCGCAACUGCGAUUGUACAUGAUUGCCCCUUCGGGCUGGAACCGGUGAAGCUCGCGAGCUAGUAGCCUAGCCUAGCCUUCCUACAUGUCCCUGAACGACAUCUCUUGUGGGCACUUGCCGAGGACACCGACCACGAAAACAUGUCGCAUGUGGUUGAACCUUCUCUCUGACCGGCAAGAUCAACU